UCCGCCUGCAAGUGCUUUUGGGCUCCCGAAGACCUGUCCCCGCUUGGUACCCGCCGCCAGCAUGGAGGCUCGCCGCACGCGGCAAAAGGCUCUCAAAGUGAAGGACUCAAAGAACGUCAGCUAUAUGGAGCUGAUUUCCAUGGAAACGUCGUCCUCCUCUGAUGACAGUUGUGACAGCUUUGCUUCCGAUAAUUUUGCAAACACAAGACUGCAGUUGGACAGGGAAGGCUGCAGGACCCGAAGUCAGUGCCGUCCCUCGGGACCUCUCAGGGUAGCCAUGAAGUUCCCAGCACGAAACCCGCGGGGGCCAGCCAACAAAAAAGCUGUCCCCUCAAAACCCCCUGAGAACUCUGCAAAUGAUUCCCAUUCUGACUCUGAGGAAGAAGACGGUAUGAACUUUCUGGAGAAGAGGGCUUUAAAUAUAAAGCAAAACAAAGCAAUGCUUGCAAAGCUGAUGUCAGAAUUAGAAAGCUUCCCUGGCAUAUUCUCCGGAAGACAUUCUCUCUCUGGUCACGGAUCCAAAGGUUCAAAGUCCCCUAGAAGACGCACAUUCCCAGGCGUGGCUUCCAGAAAGAACCCUGAACGGAGAGCCCGGCCUCUUACCAGGUCAAGGUCCCGGAUCCUGGGGUCUUUGGGCGCUCUGCCCACAGAGGAGGAGGAGGAAGAAGAGGAAGAGGAUAAAUACAUGCUAGUGAGGAGGAGGAAGUCCAUGGAUGGCUACAUGAAUGACGACGACAUGCCCAGAAGCCGUCGCCCUGGAUCCAUGACCCUCCCGCAUAUAAUCCGCCCUGUGGAAGAAGUUACCGAGGAAGAGAUCAGGAACAUCUGCAGCAACUCUCGGGAGAAGAUCUACAACCGGUCGCUGGGUUCUACAUGUCAUCAGUGUCGCCAGAAAACCAUUGACACCAAAACAAACUGCAGGAACCCAGACUGCUGGGGCAUCCGGGGCCAGUUCUGUGGGCCCUGCCUUCGAAACCGCUAUGGGGAAGAAGUCAAGGACGCUCUGCUGGACCCAAACUGGCACUGCCCGCCCUGCCGAGGAAUUUGCAACUGCAGCUUCUGCCGCCAGCGGGAUGGACGGUGCGCCACGGGAGUCCUCGUGUAUUUAGCCAAGUUUCAUGGCUUUGGGAAUGUGCAUGCUUACUUGAAAAGUCUGAAGCAGGAAUUUGAAAUGCAGGCCUGAAGAUCCACUGCCUGCUCUCGGCUUCUCAAUGCUGUCUUCUUGACGCUGUCGUUGAUGGACGCCCAUCGCCCUUAGAAGUCAGUCAGAUUAAUCUUGUGGGAUUCACACUUGUUUCGGGACCUCAUACCGCUAGUUACU